CCUCCUGUUUCUCUCUGUCCUGUUUCAAACAGAAAGUUUUCUUCAGUCCCGUUUCCGGUUCUGGCCAAUCAGAUCGUUUGUUCCAAAUUUAGGCCCCGCCUUCCACACGGGCAUAAAACUGCGCUAUACGCACGCGCGCUGUGAAUCCCGUAGGAUCAUGUACGACUCUCUUGUGCUGCUGCUGCACAGGCUCGCGCUCCUGUCCGACCUGAGCGCGUUCAAAAGCGCGUGGCCGUGGCGGAGGGAACGCGAGCGCGCGGCCCCGACAUCACCUCCUCCCCCUCUUGCGCCCGCGCCCCCGUUCCGACGUGGGGACCUGCUGGAGGUGCCGCGCACGCUGUUCGAGCACUUCGGGAUUUAUCUCGGGGAGGACCGCGUGGCGCAUCUCGUGCCCGACAUUCUGCCGGCGCUCACCGGCGAGCGCGCGCUCACCGCCGUCACCAACACGCGCCUCGUGCUCGGAUGCGUUUACCGGAGCGCGAGCGUGCGCGUGGACACGGUGGCGGACUUCGCGUACGGCGCCCCAGUGCGCGUGAACACCAUGGACCACAGGCUCUCCGGAGCGCGCGCGAUGGAUGGAGACGAGGUCGUGCGCAGAGCGGAGAGGCGCGUGGGUCGCGUGGACUACAGCCUUCUGUGGAACAACUGCGAGCACUUCGUCACUUCCUGUCGGUACGGUACACCUGUGAGCCUGCAAACCGACCAGUUCUGCAGAGGAGUGAAGGCGGUGGUUCGGGAUCAGAGGACCGUCCUGCUCUCUCUUCUCCUGGGUCUCACCUCAGUCAGUUUCUUCGGUCUCUCACCAGCGACUCUGUUCCCAACAGUCUUCAUCUCCUUCAUGCUCUGGAUGGCUGGCUGAUGUGAAACUUACAACAUCGAGUGGACCACAUGACCUGCAGUACAGAUGUUCUGCUCCACCGGGUUACACCUCAUUUCAUCCUGUGUCCCAAAACUGGUGUCUCUUUACUUCCCGUGAAAACUUCAGUACACACAGACUCCAACCUGCACACAGCAAACGCACAAUCAAGGGCUUUUCACACACACACACACACACACACACACACACACACACACACACACACACACACAUAGAUAGUGUUUACUAUCUGAUAAGUGUGUUUUUAAAACAAUUAUUUACUUAAAUUAUUUUAUAUGUUUGCUGCUUUGGAAAGACACGCGCACGCGCACACGCACGAAUAAUAUUAGUAUAAUAUAUGAAUAUGACUUAUGAAUAAUGUUUUUUAUUCUCAUUAUUUCCUUCUUGUUAUGUACUGAUAAAGAUGUGUCUGAGAGUUUAUAUGAAGUUUGUGUACAAUAAAGUGUUUGUUGUUAAUAUUUACACUGUGUUUACUGUAAACACAAUAAAAGUGUACAUGGAUCUAAACUGUAAAUAUAAUUAA